AUGAAUAUUAAUGAGAACGUUCGUUUUACAAACGUACUUAGUCAGAUUGCGAGAUUGAUCGAGUCUGUAUCGCCGCCAGUAUCAGACGAUGCAAAUUCAAGCACAAUGCCAAUGGCUACGGAAGGUCCAUCUACCUCGACGUCGAGUACAAGACAACAUGGCAGUACACGCGUUUCUGGGUCAGAGUUCCAGGUAAGCAAAUAUGAACAAUUAAACAGUUGUACUAGUUAGUCUGUUGUGGUAGAUUUUCGUUCGAUCCCCACACUAAGAGUAAAUUACGCGCGUUUAAUUUUGUGUUUUGUAUUAAAUCCCUUCCCAAAAUCGCUCACAGUUACAUAUAUUCCCAUGCAAUAACAACAUUUCUUUUGUCUCAUGACUGUCAAUCAAUUCCAUAUAUGGUAGUCGCCUCAUCUCUAAAUUUAACUAUUAAUUAUUAAUGUAAACUUUUCCCGACACACUUCCCCUAUUUAGAAACGUAAGUUUUAAAUAUAAACUUAUCUGUCUUAUAUACAUACGAACGUCUACACGUAUUUCACCGUCUCUACCCGUCAAAAUUCCAUAUAUGGUAGUCGCCUCAUCUCUAAAUUUAACUAUUUAACAAUUAGUCGCCGAAGGCGAGGUGAUUACAAGCCUAUAUUCACUGAGCCGAAGGCGAAGUGAAUAUAGGCUCUCCCUCCUCCGCAGAGCCUCCUUAAGUAUUUACAAACAACUUACAUGAAGUUUCCUGAAUAAAAUUGAGCGCGCGCAGCACUGAGGCGCGCAGUCCUUGCGCGCUCACUUUCCCACACUAGAAACUUCAUGUAAGCCUCUGCGGAGGAGAGAGAAUAUAGGCUUGUAAUCACCGAGGCUGAGGCGACUAAUUGUUUUGGUAUAAAUUUCCAGGUGUUUACAAACAAUAAUCCAUACAACUUUAUAAAAAUUUACUUCAAAUAAAUUUAUUUUCACCACAAAUAGUUGGUUUACAAAAUUUAAAUCUCAGACACAGCUCUCUGUCGCGUUGCGACUAAGCCAGUUUUUUCCACAUAAAAGCACGUAAAGUUUAAUAUUUUACCUUGAAAUACUUUUAAACCAUAUUUUGUAGAGGGUCCUGAAGGGGGGGGGGGGUCGUAUUCCCAUUUCCCAGCCCAAAUUUUGACUAAAUCCCAUUGUCCCAGAGCACAAAUCCCAUUAUGUCAGUGGCUGUCCUGCUCAAAUCUUAAUCCCAUUCCCAUUUUCUAUUGUUCUGUUGCUGAUGAAUCCCAGUCCCACUGCAUGAAAUCCCAUUUUCCCACCCAAAAAUAUAAGCAAAUUCCAGUCCCAUUUUACCCCUUCAGGACCCUCUUUGUAGCUUGUUUGGGUUUUUCGGAAUGCUAUCUUCUUUAAUUUUGGCAAUUUCCUCUGCUGUUACUACGGCAAAACGAGCAGCCAUUUUGAAGGAAAAAAUCAAAAAGUUAUAGUCACUGACCAGUAACUAUCACUUCAGAGACAGUGAAUCUUAACCAAUUAGAAUGCAGAAAAAUCAAUAUAGUCACCUGGAAAUUUAUACUAACAAUUAUUAAUGUAAAAAUUUAUUAAAUUAUAAUUAUUAAUGUCAAAUUUUCCCGACAGUAUAUAGAUAUAUGGAUAGUGUAAACUAUCGUAUAAUCAUGUUGGAUUGGUUUCAUGAGUUGCGGUCUAUGAUAUGACCUGUAUUACUCUAAUCUCACAACUUGGGAGAGACCUUAUCUCUAUCUCAAUUAUUCUUGCUCCUCACCUCAGCAUUCUGCCAUUCACUGAGCAUUUUCGCACCUGUUGUGUGCUUGGCUCGGAAGCUAGUCAGGUGAUCUGCUAAAUUAGUAUUGUCAGGUCGAUUUGGGAGCUGUUGUAAAACUGGACAGUUCCUGUGAGUGGUAUACCAUGAUAUGUAUGUUUCAUUCUGACAUGCAUGUAGGUAAUAAUUCCAUGUCAUACAUACGCCAUUAGGAUACAUACAUUAUAUACAAUCUAUGAUCAUACAUGUAUAUACUGUCAUCCAACUGUGUCAUCAAGUGUCAUCUACUACCUCAUAAUGUCAUCCAGUCUCAUCUACUUCCAUCUACUGUGAUUCAGUGUCAUCUACCGUCAUCUGUUGUCAUCAACUGCCAUCUACCAUCAUUUAGUGUCACCUACCGCUGGCCAUCAACCGUCACUCAGUGUUAUCUACCGUUAUUCAAUGUCAUCUAGUGUAAUCUACUGUCAUCUAUUGUAAUCUACUGUCAUCUACCAUCAUUUACUGUCAUCCACCAUCAUUUAGUGUUAUAUAGUGUCAUCUACCGUUGUUUAGUGUCAUGACACUUGGAAUGACACUAGCUGACGGUAGAUGACAUUAAAUGACAGUGGUGUGUGCUUGUUUUAAGACCCACCAUUUGUUACGAAUAAUGAGCUAUAACAGACAUUUUUAGGUUAUAUGAUGUUUACAAUUUAAGCAAUUUAAUGUUAAUAAAUGUCAACUUGUGGCUAGUGCUGGUGCAGCUCCCAGUGGUGUGUGAGAAAUACCUUUAUAUUUUACCGGUAUUAAUUGCAUUUUAUAGCAGGUGACUAACAGAGCAUCAACAACAACGAAUGUAACGGGAAAUUCUACUCCAUUGCCAUCAGGCUACACAACAACUAGAGGUUCCAGUAAUGGUUCAUCUUCCUCCGUUUCUAGUAUUGGAAAUACUAGACGCACAACUGCUAAGCGUAAGACAACUGGAUUUGUUGGACGGUUAAGAACUUGGAACAAAGAUGUAGUCUGCAUCCCGUAUACACGAGAAAUCACUUUGUCUAUUCCGAGGGGAAAGCAAAGGGGUGCAUUGAGUGAAAGAGGCCUCAUUGGCAAAAUCAGAAUAAUGUCCACAUGGAAUGAUAUGCAGGUAAAAUGUCGUUAUCAUGCGACUAGAUGCGAGAAUUAGCAGAUUAUCUGUUAAGUUUUAAAUUACUUCAUUUAGAUUUUAACCCAUUGAGAUGCAUUGUGCCCUGAUGCGCAUUACUUUAUUAUUUUACGUUGUCCAACACAAGGGAAGGGCUUAAUGGGUUAAGAGGUUGAACUGUUUUUUAACAUCGGAGUAGAAAUCAAGUUUACUUCUCUUAAGCCCAACUUGUGAACUGAUCAUAUAACUAGUUAACUGAAAGGUAGUAUACAUGUACUACAGUACGUAAUGUCAGUGCUGCUGAGAAAGGGUGCAAAUCCCCCCCCCCCGAGCACAACAUACAAUUUACUGCUCAUCUGUAUCUAAAUUUCAAGGUUAAAAUGUGUAAUAUACUGUGCACACAAUUUUCUUGUUAUCUCAAUUAUAGGUUAGAGAGGAGGUCACAUCUGUAUUUGCAAGUGUGUUCAUGUUGAAUCCAAAUCAGUUGUUGGAUUAUGACUAUUUGUGUGUCAUGACGGGCAUGAAGAAGUUAAAGAGACCAUCUGUGAGUAGUAGCUUCUCAUGGAAUGGACAAGAGGUUGCUUCUUUGGCAGGGCAAGGUAGUCUCUAUAUCAUGGCCAAUACAUCUUUGCCAUCAGCAAUUUCAUCCAGUGUAAGUUUUUACCGUUAUACUUAAACCAACUGAAUCGUUGGUUUUGUUAAACAGUUAUUAUUAUGCAUUUCUGUAUUGUGAAACAAAUUGAAAUGAAUUCCGUGCUGUGUACGUAUUUGUUUUUUCAUGGGAAAAUUUAGUUCAAUGUCACAAUUUGACUGCACUUAAACUUUCGAUGAUUAAUUUUCAAAACACAAUUCAAUACAGAGUUUUUGUGUUCAUUCAACCAAAAACCCCCAAAAAGUCCAGAAAAAAUCUGUGUGGUAUAUUACCAAUUUUCAAUAACCUCCCCUUCAAGAAGAGUUACAGUAAACAAAAUAAUAACUGGAAUAAAUACUUUGUAAAAUUAUGUAGACUCUGAACAUUGAAGAUGAAGAGCCUGAAUUGGAAGAAGGGAUUCAGCCUAUAAACAAUGCAGCAGAGGAGGAAGAAGAAGUACAAAUUACCGAAACGGUAUUGUUAAUAGUUAUACCUGUAUCUGGAGGGAUUAUAGUUGCCAAUAAUAUUUUCAUACUGUAGCUUGGUUUAUCUUUUGUUUUCAUGAGGUAACAGUGGGUCCAAGGGUGGAUUUUCAUUCUUUAAAAAGGGGGGGAGGUGGUGGUAAAAUUUCUAGUGGUGUGCACGCGGCACCACUGACCAAGUUUUGGCAGGGGUUAGUCCGUUAGACGUUAGAGACUUUCACACAAAAUGGGUUACAGGGGUUCUAGGAGGGGUUUAACACCCCUCCUCCCGUAAAUCUGCCCGUGAAUGAGCACAAGCAAGCUAUACAAGGAAGCUAUGUGUGAUGUUGUUGGAGUAGUAGUCUUACAUUCAUAUGAAUGCAGUCUUGAUAGUAGAUUCAAACUAAGGGGCAGUACUCACGAGCGAGUCCAGCUUACAUUCCUUGCAGUCAGUAUUAAAAAUUGGCAUGUUAAAUUCCUGGAUGCAAACUUUAAUUCUUUUUUACUUUCCAGCUUACAUUCAAGGCCGGCAAGAGGGGGAGGGGGCAGGGGGUCAAAACACCCAGGGCCCGGAGUGCUCAGAGGGGCCUGGAAAUGUGGAAUAAACGAUUUUUUGAUCAUUUUCUCAGCAAAAACAGUUAGGUGAACAUCGUUCACAUUAUGCGGCGAUUUCUUGCAAGUAAUUCGCUGGUAAUUCUCUUGAUGAUUAAUUGCGAUUAAAAGUAGACUUUGGCGUGGCCAUGCGCCAGCGGGGGAGUCGAGAGGGACAGGGGGCCCCUGUUCAUCAAUUGUCAUUCUGUCCCGGGGCCCGUGGUUGGCUCUCGCCAGCCUUGCUUGCAUUUCUUGCAGUCAUGUAAAAUUGGCAUAUCACUGGAUACAAACUUUAAGUUUUUAACUUUUUUUUUUUUUUUUUUAAGAAUACAUUGGUCGAAUCAAUAAACAGUGACGACCUUUAGACGUUACAUGCAAUGUUCCCUCACACACCAGAAGAGGAUUUGGAGGAGGCAUUGAGAAGCAAUUUAACAAUUGACUUCGCCAUUGACGAACUCUUAUCUAGUUCCUGCCAAGUUAAUGCAGCAGCAUCAAGUAAGUUGAACAUUAGUAAUGCAGGCAGGCAUCUUAUUAAAAUAGAUAAUUUUACAAAUUACAGUGUUAAUCACAGUGUUUUGCUUGAAAUAUGCUAUACAUACAGCACAAUUUGCAGACAUGUAUAUUUCGGCGUACAUGUCUGCAGAUUGUACUCUAUAUAUAGCAAAUUUCAAGUAAAACACUGUGCUUAAUAUCUUUAUAUUUUAGGCUCAUUUGAUGUGGCUGGAUAUUUUGCAAGGCAGUUGAAUGGGGGAAAUAUUCACAUUGUCAAUUAA